CAGAGGCGUUGUGCGGACGGCACACUUCCCCCCCGUUGGGGCACGUGGCCGACGGCAGCCGCGACAAGCGCCGAAGGUGCGCCUCUCAAACAAUCGGGCCAACGCUCAAAUAUCCUGGCGCCAGUUGCUCCCUCUUCGCCCGUACGCGCAGUACACUGUAGGUUGCACGCGCGCGGGCGCCGCCGUAGCCACCGGUGCGUAAGCGUUCGACGUGCGCUCGCGUGCCGGUCCGCCGUGACAUGGAUCGGGGUCCCACUUGGCCACGCGGCCGCCACGUGCGUCGGACAUGCGGGCGCUGGUGGUCUGUGUGUGUCUCUACUUCAACCACGCAGUCAUGGCCAGCAUCGGCGUCCUGUCGAGGUCGAAGAACUUCACCUUGGACGCCGACCGGGAGGUGUCCGAGCGCGAGUUCUGCCGCCAGCACAGGAGGGACCCGAGCGUGCGACGCUUUUGCGUCUCGGAGCCGGCCGUGAUCCACACCAUCGUGCAAGGCAUGCGAAACACGGUUAGCACCUGUCAGGUGCUGUUCAAGUGGGACCCCUGGCAGUGCGACCUGCUGCAGGAUCGCAAGAACCUUCUUAAGAAAGUGUACCCGGAGACGGCCUUCGUGUACGCCUUGACGGCGGCCGGCGUGGCGCACAGCGUGGCCCAGGGUUGCCGGACGGGCCGGCUCGGCCACCGCUGCUCGUGCGGCGAGGCCGGCCGCGAGGAGCCGGAGUCCUCGGCGGGCCUGCAGCAGGGCUGGAAGUGGGGCGGCUGCGGGGACAACUACCCGUUCGCGGCCAAGUUCGCCCGGCGGCUGCUCUCGCGGGAGUCCGGCAAGAGGCCGCGCACCCUGCGGAGACCCGUCGACACGCACAACAUCAUUGUGGGAAUCAGGACGCUGAGGCACGGCAUCCGGCCCGUCUGCAAGUGCCACGGCGUGUCCGGCUCGUGCUCGCUCAAGACCUGCUGGCGGGAGCUGGCGCCCUUUCCCGAGGUGGCUCGGCGGCUGAAGCGCAAGUACGUCCGCGCCGUGCCGGCCGAGAUCGAGAACAAGCCGGAGUUCGCCGCCACCGACGUGGUGGCCAAGCCGCGCAAGGUGCCGGCCGCCACGGCGGGCACGACGCAGCGGCCCAAGUGGCUGGCCGCCGUCACGGCCCGGCUGCGGAGGCUGGGCAGGGACCGGCUCGUCUACCUGGAGAAGUCGCCCUCCUUCUGCGAGCCGAACCCGCUGACCGGCAGCGGCAUGGCGGGUCGGCGGUGUCGCGACCCGGACCACUGCGACAGGGUGUGCUGCGGCAGGGAGCACCGCAGCUUCACCGAGGUCGUCUACGAGACCUGCCAGUGCCGCAUGGUGUGGUGCUGCAAGCUGGAGUGCAAGACUUGCGAGAACGUCACCACAGCGUACGCCUGCUCGUGAAACGCGCCGUGCGCGGGAUUCCCGUUUGCGUGUGUGAGUGUGUCAAGUGGGAGACGCGUGUGCGUCAAGAUCGUCCGAGUUGUCGGACGGUAUACGUUAGAAGCGCGAUUGAUCCGACUGUUGGAAGUUUGUUGGAAACUUGUUGGAUGCGGCUGUUGGCACUGUUCGCAUACAUGUCGGCUAGGUUGGUUUUGGCGCAGGUGUGUCUCGCGCGUUUCAGCCGCGCGCUAGACAAGUUGGCGACGUCGACCUCCUAUGUGCUGCAUUCCCGCAGAGAAACUUAGUGGGUUGUAGUGACGGAGACUUUUGAAAUGAGAUUUUUUUUCCCCUUUAGAACUUGAAUCAUUUCUUUUAGAAUCGUGAAUCACAACACCGAACUUGCCAAUACGCAGUAAUCAAUUCGUAGCGCGAUGUCUUGCGGCAUGCUUUCGGUUUCUGAAAAUGCCACUUUAUGGGACGAUCGGCCGCGGAGAGACAGUUGCGGAAUUUUCCUGACCCACGAAGACACGAGACGAAUACCAGACGCGGAAAUCCACGCGAUCUUACUUUAAUGGGAAAUUCGCAUUGGCAAUGGCGCGUAUUCAAGCUGCAAGAUCACGCUAGAGCAUCCCAUUGCGACUUUAUGCAUGGUGGGGGCCUGCAUUUUUGAAACCGUACACACUUAUUUUAAAAAAGAAAGCUUGGAGACACAAACGAUUAAUUCUUGGAACCAAGUGGUUCUCUAUAACGGCCACCCAAAUUUAAUUAUGAGGUCUUACGUGCCAAAAAACGAUGAUCUGAUUAUGAGGAACGCCGCAUAGGGGGGCGGGGGGGGGGGGUAUUCCGGAAAUUUGGACCACCUGGAGUUUUAACGAGCACCUAAAUCUAACUACAGGGGUGUUUCCGCAUUUCACCCCCAUCGAAAUGACACCGCAGUGGCCGGGAUACAGCGGCGACUUCGACAAGUGGUUCAGUGUCAUGUAUAAGCCAAAAUCGCUGGCGAUGCAAAUACGGUUGCAGAAGACUUCAGGAUAUUUCAGCGUAACAUUACAGCUUUAACACUAACCGCUGCCGCUUGUAGACGCGUCGUAUGCGCAUGCGCAAGGCGGUACGCACUCUGCUAAAGCGUCUCACUUUCUGCGCGUGUGCAAACAUUCAGAAAGAUAGUGCAGAUGUAUAUAGUACGUAUAGCGCGACACAACACAAUACUGUUUUUACUAUAGUGUUUGCAAUAUAGCCUGGCGCUAAACUUUAUUUGCGCCUUGAGUAACGUCGUAAAACUAAAUGAGUGCAAAAUUUGCAUAAACGAUGCGCCACACGUCCUCGCCGCCGUUCGUAUCGUCUUCAAAAUUUGAUAAAGGGGACUUAUCUGUGUCUUCGCGUUCCAGAACGCGCUCAUAGUUCCUCCUCUAAACCAUUAUAUGCAUGCAGCGAAUCGCGCUCUGCUUAAACGUGCUAAUCGCCGGUGCCAUCGCUGUGCGUUAUUUUCUUCCCUAUCACUCGUGAACUGUUUUUUUUUACUUGUAUACGAUUUGUGCACCCUCGAGGUCUGUAUGUUUGAGAAUUUGUACUCACGAAGGUGCACGCGACUCCGGUUUUUCGUAGCCUUGUCAUUCCUGCGAGCAGCGUACCGAGCUGGACUCCGUUGCAGCUGGAAUUUGUUUCCAUGUUUUCGACGCAUAUUUUAAAAUCCCAGCUACCUCGUUCCUUGAAGUACAGUGACUAAGUACAGUUCUAAGGCCUGAGUAGGACAGGUCUCCGGGGCUUGAUAAUGCUUGGCAUGCGUGCUCAUAUGUGCGAGACUCCUCACCUAUGAACGCCCGCACUGUGACGCAACGUGCAUAAUUGUGAACUGGUGCUCUUAUUUCUGCGUUUUAUUUGGUAAGUAAUUGAAGGUUUUCGCGCCGAAGAUGAAAGUGUACUGGUUUUCUUAUCUUCAGGCUACACAAUGUUAUAUGUUCUUUUAAAUAUUGGCAUGAAGGAAUGUUUACCUAUACAGUCGAGUGAUAGCUAGGCGUUCUGUUCUCGGGAGUGCGCUUAUCUUGCGUGGUACGUGGAAAAAUUAAACUCCCCCCCCCCAUCCCUGUUGGGGCAUUCACGUUCUUCGUUCGCUUACGUAGCUUGUUGAUAACAACAGUAAACUAGCUUAGCACCUGCAUAAAGGUGACAACAAAGCGACGCAAGUUUUUCAUAGCUGCUAGGGAUGACAACGCCGAUCCAUAAAAAAAGCACUUCAUAUAUAAAGCUCACAUGGCUCGAAUGCAGAUAUAUAGAUAAUAAAAUGGUCGUGUCCCAUCGCACUGCAAUAUGAAUAAAAUGGUAUUUAAGUUAGAGUGAUCAUCGCGUGUAUCGUUCACCUGUAGUCUUUCUCUAUCCGGUUUUUCUUAGCUGUUUAUUUCGCUUUAAUGUUCGUUUUUAAUUGCAUGGCUUUUCGUACUUCAUUGGAAUUUCGUAGUGUUUGUUCAAUGGAGGAAGACCAUCCUUUGACUGAAAAUCCAACUUACUUUCCACGCCAGACCAUACGCACCAAAUAAUGACGUCACUGUUUGACGUCAUCGGUUCACGUUUCUCGAGGAUAUUUGUCCUUUGUUUUGUCGACUUAUCAGGUUGCCAAGCUGAAUUUUCUUGUUUUCUCGAACGCGACAUAUAAGUUCUUGUUCUCAUGCUUCUUAAUAUUCGUAACCCAAAUAGACGUUCCCUAUAGUUUUUACCAUUUGUGACGUUACACAGCGUUGCCAUGAAAGUUUGCGAGUCGAGGACUCGCUCAUCCUUCCCUUUUAAGACGUGGUUUGGUGCAACAAGCUUGCGCGGUAGUUAAACAGCGAGUUGUUCAGAACUGUAAAUUACUUAUCCACUGUCAGUAAAUACAAGGAAAAGAAGAACUUGGUUAAAACACGUUGGCGGGCCAGUUGGUUAGAAUCCAUGAUAGAGUGUAUAAGCGCGGCUGAACGAGGGCGUAGAAAGAAACAGAUACACAGAGACAGUGCUUCUCUGUGUAUCUGUUUCUUUAUACGUCCUCUUUCAGUUGCGCUUAUACAAUCUAUCAUGGAGGAGAAGAAAAGACGACGCUUCCGUUUGGUACGAAUGUUUCUUCUAAGAUGGCUUGUCCGUGCCCUAUCAUUGGUGUACAGAUUUUCAGCUUCAAAGUACCACUUGAACAACUUGGCUAUCUAUAGUCAGUUACAGGUCAUAAACACAGCGAAAAUGACCCUCAACGGCAACACGUAGACAUGUGCCAGUGACUUAUAGUGCAAUUGAGCAGGUGCUGUGUCGCCGCCAUCCCCAUACCAUCGCGCGGUUACCAGCAAAGGCUUCACGCGAUAUACGAGGACAAAUGCAGGCUAGUGAUUUCCUAGGGCCCAGGGACAAAAACAGGGACGCAAUCCGAGCCACGAAGGGAUCCGCAGUUAUGCUUGCGCCAGUCAGGCCAUAUAUAAGGUGUCCCAGCUAACGUUAGCCAAGCUCUUAGAGAGAGAUAGAGAUAGAGAGAGAGAGAGGACAAGACACGGUACAAGAUACAAUUUUAAGACCUACGCUGGUCGGUCGUCAGUCUUCUUGUGACCAAGCACCGUAGGCCUUAUAACUUUAUCUUUCACUGUUCUUUUUUUCGUUGAAUAGCUUGGCUAGUAUUAGUUGGGACACAUGGCAUAAACGUUCUUUGGCCUUUUUUUUCCACUCAUAUGGGCUUGGUCUGUUUGUUUAUUUGUAGACUUUUAUUUUUAUUUUAUAUUUACUUUUUUUUAUCUAACUUGUCCUAUUCAGGUCAAUUCAACUACCCAAUUUGAGGUAGGAAGCCCUCCAGGGCUGGUACCUUCAGCUUUAGUUACUCUUUACUUCUUUGUCUCUCUCAUCCCGCGGGUGAUUUGGUUGUUUUUACGCUAUGUACAAGCGAUGCCCACAUUACAGAGCUUUAGAUUGGGGCACCCAAGCGCUGCGUUACGCCAACCCUAUUGUAGGCCUUUUGCGUUCUUAUGUACGCUCCUCAGUUUGCGUCCCCCGAUGCCUGAACACCCUAAUCUAAAACUAUUAACUCGGCGUUUCGUAGUACUUUUCGAAAUACUGCGAUCUGCGCCUUCCUGCUUGCGCUCCUGGGGGAUAGCGAGGGAGCUCAUUGGAUGCCUGAUGUUGGCUAAUACCUCCUCGCGAACCCUUUCUUUUAAGUGCCUCCGUAUUACCAAUAGUCCCUUUAUGCUUAAAGACUCUGGUAUUACCUUGCGUUUGUUUGAGCUAUGAGCUGUCUUCGUCUUGACACUCGCCGACCGGGUUGUUUGUGGUUGUGGUGCAUAGCGGUGUCGCGACGGGCUCAUUGUUGCUCGAACAGUACAGUAUGCAGUAUACAGUGUACAGUAUAUACAGUAUGCAGUAUACAGUACAGUAUAGGUGGUGUACAAAAUCUAAAGUCUAUGACGGCUUCGGCAAUCUCUUCUGCCACAUGCAGCCGGCAAAAGCACAGCCUUUGAGAUCUGCACCCGUUAUCCAGAGAGCUCCGUCGUUGGGGCAUUGGUUUGGACACUACCAAAUACAUUCCCCAGCGACGACUCUCUCUGGGCAGCCGAAACUGAUCUCGAAGCCCGUGUUUUUGCUAACUGCAUGCGCCGGAAAUAAUUGCGUAAGUGGAAUCAAGACUUUGACGCCACGUUUCGGAUAUCACCAAUGUGGCGGGUGUCUCUCCUCAUUCCCGUGCAACAAGUAAGGAACUAUGGAACUGCGGAGGGAUGGAGAGGAAGCACAGCAUGCUUUUGGACCUCUUCCGAAUUUUUAUUCUGUUGAUGAUUACAGCUUUACUGCUUGACGUAACAUUUCAUACUCCGAACAUCAGUUAUGAAGGAGGAAACGGGCUAAACGUGUCAAUUUGUUUGGUCCUUCAUCCGUUCGCGGUGAGCGGCAUAUAUUCCAUCACGCCGAGACUUGUGACGUCGGAGGCGCGCUAUAUUUAUACUAGCGGGGAUACCUUGAGCAGCGCAGAACAAUGCGCCGUAGCCGAAGGAGGAUAGCAGCUGUGGCGUGCCGGAUGGGAGGCAGUGAGGUGCAGACGCGUUCCCUUCUAAAGCUAUGCACAAGAUUGCGCAGUCGUAUAAAGUAUCGGAUAAGAUACAAUUAUAAGCUUGUGAGUGAGUUUAAAUGGACACUAAAGAGAAAAAUAAAAUAAUCUGAACUGUAUUAACAAAUAACCUUUGUACAAUACAAAAAAGCAAUCUUUCUACGAAAUGAAGCUCGGUAAUUCAGCAAAGACGCAAAAAAAGAAGAAAGAAAAUGAGGGUCGACGCCAGCUUCAAGUUCUCGCACCAGCUCGCUCUGACGUGACGUCAUGGAUUUUGACUGUUCGAGCCUAGUUAUAUUUUUAUCGGCGAACGCGGAUUACAUUGAAUCUUAAGAGCCAAAGAAGGAAUUUAGCGACCGUCGACAACUUUCACGGAGCCGGCCACAAGGGCGCAAGUACGAGAAAAUAAUUUACGAUCCUUGAAAUCACACUGACGUAUGUAGCCUCUGAGGUUUUACCGCGAAAUUAGAAAAGUGCAACUUUGACAUUAUUUUCUUUCGGGAUAAUCAACCAGUUGCUGUUAAGCUAAUGAAAAUAGAGUUUCGAAAUAAUACUUUAGCAAUGUGAACUAAUUUAGUGUUUCCAUUUAGUGUCCCUUUAAAGCAUCCAGAGAAUUGCACGAGUUUUUCGCGGCUUGGGGAAUUGAGCGUUUCGAAGUUCUGGCAGGUCAUGUGAUUAUAGUCUGCAAACCUGUUGCAAACUUCAGAGUGCUGUUCUCAGUAACUGAAUUAAGUAAAUGAAUCCAAGGGCCACAAAAAUUAGGGGUAGAGGCACUUUACCUACAAGUCGCUUUCUAUGGAGCCACUGCGCAGAAAGUACGCAGUUCUUUAUCGAGAAACCGAGAAACGUCAUAGACUCAACUUAUGUACAAGAAUUUGUGUACUUCGACUAGUCGUUUGUGAAUGACAGAAUGAAUGAAUACUUUGUAUAUAUAAAGACGGUGUUCACCAUACGCAAACACUGAAGCGAUCUUCCAGAAACUUCUGUCAGAUGUUUACUUUCAUUGAACUGUAUAUUUAGACGUCUUUGGUUCCUUGUUAUGAAAGCGCGAAUUCAUGAAACUGUGUGAAUUGUGCUUAGAAUGAGCUGAAAUAAAGUAAACUUCUAUUUCGAAUUUUGUUUUAAUCUUAAUAUGCUUGAAGCUCAAAUACUGAGUGCACCUGUCCUCUCUCUGGUUUUUUUUUUCUCCCCACCAUUUGCCAUGAAAGUUUAUUGUAGCGAAUCUAUACGCCGAAUGGAUCCGUCAGAGCUAUUGUAUUUUUUGAUAAUGCGGCAUGACUCUUAUAUGUACCCAUGGAACACAAUAAACAUACCGUUUUGUUCACCAGAA